AGUGACGAUCGUUCUAGGGCGCCGCCGCUGUCUGACAUCAGAUCUUAUUUAUAUAUAUAUAUAUUAUAUCCUUCUCUACCUCGUCCUGUUCGAUCUCGACAACUGGUGACCAUCUGAGACCAUUAGGAGGAUCCAGAGACAAAGGACAAGGUCAAACCUUUCUUCUCUCUCUCUCUAGAGGCCAAGACAUCGCAGAUACCUCGUUUACAACAAACGCUCACUAGCUUUUCUCUGCUCAACACCCAUCUACUUGACUCCCAUCAUGCUGCUAUCGCUCGCUCUUGUCGCUCUGGCAGGACUCUUACCAUCAGUAUCAGCUUAUGGAUACUGCGGUUACGGCUAUUACAAUGACUAUGACUGUAACAAUGGUCUAUCCAUCGGUGCAAGAAUCGGCAUAGGUAUCGGUAUCGCCGUCGGUGUCCUCUUGCUCUUUGCCCUAUGUUCAUACUGGCGAAGAAAGCAACUCCGCAGACAAUUCAACAAAUAUCGUCCCCCGACCUUGCCAUUUACCAAUAACAACAAUAGCAACAAUAACAACAGCUCCAACCCAUACGCCAACAACCCUCCUCCCCCUGCUCAGGCUGGAUCAUAUUAUGCCAACGGCAAUCAAGGUAGCAAUUGGCAGAACAACCAAUACGGCAACAACCCUCCCCCACCUGCCAAUGUCUAUCAACCCAGUAUGGCUGGAGCCUAUGGCUCUGGUGCAAAAGAAAUGUCGAGCACCGGUGGACGCGUGACUACGCCUGCGGCACAGGGGCAUGAACACGGAUACGAGUGGGAGCAGGCGAGGGAAGCUGAGAGACAGGAGAGGGAGCAAGCGAAUGUGCAGUCGCCUCCCGGCUACGACGUCGCAUCGAACACCACCGGAUCAACCCACUACGCUCCACCUUCUGGUCCACCUCCUAAGCGGGAUCAAUAAGUUGUGACAUUGGUAGAUCAGGAACAGCAAGAGUGCAAACAUAAUACGGUUGUCAAGAGGGGUGUCAGCAGAGAAUCCAGAACAGACAGUGUAACAAUAUCAACUAGACACGCAGAACGAAGAGAGAGCAAGAUUAUAGUUUCAUGCAAGGUGUAAAAACG